GGUUCCGAACCGUUUGUCAGCGACUUUGCCUUCUUCUUCGCUGUCAUUAAAUGUUGGCCGGCGGAAGCAGAACUUAUCACUGUAAAACCAAAACCCUAACAUUUGCAGAGCUCCAAGCAGCAACAAUGGCACCCAUCGACCCCCACUCCUUCACCGACUCUUCUCACCCUCUCGCCACUCACAUCUCCCUCUCCUUCUUCUUCGACUUCUCCUCCUCUACCAUCCUCGGCGCGGCUGCCCUCUCCCUCCCCCGCCCCCACUCUGGCCCCUUCCUCCUCGACGCCCGAUCCCUCUCCAUCUCCGCCGUCUUUGAACCCCACACCAAAAACCCCCUCCCCUUUUCCCUUUCCUCUCCCGACCCCAUCAAGGGCCAAUCCUUAACCGUCUCUCUCUCCAACCACUCCCGUUUCACCGUGAUUUUCUCCACCUCCCCCUCCAGCUCCGCCCUCCAGUGGCUCUUGCCGCCGCAGACGUUCAAAAAGACCAACCCCUUCGUUUACACCCAAUGCCAAGCCAUUCACGCCCGCUCCAUCUUCCCCUGCCAGGAUACCCCCGCCGCGAGAAUCCGUUACUCGGCGAGGUUGAAUUUUCCGGCGAGGCUCUCUGCCGUGAUGGCAGCGCGGCAGGUGGAGCGGCGCCCGCCGGCCGCCGGAGAGGCGGCGGGGGUGUGUGAGGAUUCUCUCUGGUGCGGCGAGGGGAGAGUGGUGGAGGAGUUCGUGAUGGACCAGCCGGUGCCGCCGUACCUGUUCGCAUUCGCCGUCGGAGAGAUUGGAUUCCGGGAGGUGGGGCCCAGGACAAGGGUUUACGCGGAGGCGGUGCCGGAGGUUCUGGACGCCGCUGCGAGGGAGUUCGCCGGGACGGAGGAGAUGAUUAGGGUUGGGGAGGGGCUGUUUGGGCCUUAUGAGUGGGAGAGGUUUGAUUUGCUGGUUCUUCCGCGGAGUUUUCCCUACGGCGGGAUGGAGAAUCCGAGGAUGGUGUUCUUGACACCGACGGUGAUCAAAGGCGAUGCAAGCGGCGCGCAGGUGGUGGCGCACGAGCUCGCCCAUAGCUGGACUGGGAAUUUGAUUACCAACAAGACCAAUGAUCACUUUUGGUUGAACGAGGGCUUCACUACAUAUGCGGAGAGGAGAAUAGUUGAAGUUGUGCAAGGGGAAGGCAUAGCUGCAUUAAAUAUGGGAAUUGGUUGGAGAGGUUUGGUGGAGGAAAUGGAGAGAUUUAAGGACAAUAUGGAGCUCACAAAGCUCAAAACAAAUCAGGAAGGAGUGGAUCCAGAUGAUGUGUAUUCUCAAGUUCCCUAUGAGAAAGGUUUCCAGUUCUUAUGGCGCAUUGAGCGGCAGAUUGGAAGGCCUGUGUUUGAUGAAUUCCUGAAGAAAUAUAUUGCCACUUUCAAGUUCCAGUCUAUAGACACGGAUAUGUUCCUCAAUUUCCUAAAAACAAAUGUUCCGGGAAUAGAGAAUGAAAUUGAUUUGGCAUUAUGGACCGAGGGUACUGGUAUUCCUCCAGAUGCCAUGGAGCCAGUUUCUGACAUUUAUACAAAGAUUGUAUCACUAGCAAAUGAGUUCAACCUUGGUAGAAUGCCAAGGGAGGAUGAAGUUGCCGAUUGGCAUGGACAGGAAUGGGAACUUUAUUUGGAGAACCUGCCCAAGUCUGUUGAGGCUUCACAGCUAUUGGACCUGGAUGCUCGCUAUCGUCUAUCAGAGUCAAAAGAUUACGAGGUCAAGGUGGCAUUUCUCCAACUGGCCAUUUCAUCCAAGUGUAGGGAUUACCACAAUGAGGUGGAAAAAACACUCAAGGAAGUUGGGAGGAUGAAGUACCUUAGGCCGCUCUAUACAGCAUUGGUUCAAGGCAGCGGAAUGGAAGAAGAGAAGAUCUUUGCAAAAAGGGUGUUCUCAGAAGCUCGAGAAUGUUAUCACCCGAUCGCCCAAGGCGUUGUCAAGUCCAUCCUCGCAAAGCACCUGUAAAUUACCAUACCUUAAAAAUUGCAUAAAGCAAACUAACUCAUUCCUGAAUGGCUGGCUGGUUGCUGCUGCUGCUGAAUGCACAGGCAUGCAGGAUGAAUUGUGACCGAUGCCUUGAAUAACUUAACUGGCUUCUGAUGAAUGUAUGCAUGCUGUGUCACUAUCGGCUUGUUUUAGAUUAUGUCAAUGGAAAUCUUUUUGCUGGAAGUCUUCUAUA